GCAUAUUGCGGCAGGCACGUGUUUUCGGUGUGGCUUGAAGUUCGGCCCUGCCCACCGCUGCCCGCCAAAGACACUUAACGUAUUCAUCAUCGACAACGACGAGCCCCUGACUGACUCUAGUGAGGACGACACGCUCAACAUGGAGGAUGUAGGAUUGGAGCUGAAACUAUCGGAGUUAUCAUUCAACGGUCUUGAUACUUCCCAUACUAUGAAGCUCUUCGGGAAUAUCGACCAAGAAAAAGUCCUCAUAAUGGUGGAUAGCGGAGCAAGCCAUUGUUUUAUUUCAGAUCAGCUGGCCACUCGUCUCCAACUGCCUAUCACCCCGACCGCUUCUUAUGCAGUCACGCUGGGGGACGGAUCCAGGGUCCGCACCUCGGGAAUCUGUCACGCUGUGCCCCUCCAGCUCGCUUCGGAGUUAUUCUCCAUAUCUUGCUAUGUGUUUCCCCUACGAAACAUAGACAUCAUUUUGGGGGUCACAUGGCUAGCCUCCCUCGGUGAUGUUACAGCCAACUGGCAGCGAUCCUCCAUGAUAUUUUCGGUCCAAGAUCGCUUGGUGACUAUUGAGGGCGAUCCUACUCUUACUCGCAAGGCUUGUUCCUCCCACAACAUCAACACACUUGACGACGGCGAUUCUUGUUGGGUGUUGCAUUCGAUGAUGGGUGGGGACACGCCCACGGAAUUCGGGUUUGAUCCCUCCUUGCCACCAGCCGCACGGUCCCAGCUACAUGCGUUGGUGGAGGGAUUCCCCUCGGUCAUCCAGCAGCCGACGACGCUGCCCCCUGCUCGCCACACUGACCACCGGAUCACACUUAAACCCAGCUCCCAACCAGUAUCAGUCCGGCCAUACCGAUAUAAUCAUAUGCAGAAGGACGAGAUGGAGCGUUUAGUGGAGGAAAUGCUCGCUUCUGGGGUCAUACAGCCAAGUACUAGUCCCUACUCCAGCCCGGUGCUCCUGGUCCGCAAGAAAGACGGCUCAUGGCGAUUUUGCGUGGAUUAUCGUGAGCUGAAUAAGCGCACCGUGCCGGACAAAUACCCAAUUCCGGUAAUUCAGGAGCUGCUCGAUGAGCUCCAUGGCUCUAUUUGGUUCAGCAAGUUGGAUCUCAAAGCCAGGUACCAUCAGAUUAGAGUGGCAGCCCCGGAUGUGCACAAAACGGCUUUUCGCACACAUUCUGGCCAUUACGAGUUCCUCGUUAUGCCGUUCGGGUUGACCAAUGCACCCGCCACAUUUCAAAGCCUCAUGAACGACAUAUUCCGACCCUCCCUUCGCAAGUUUGUCCUGGUUUUUUUUCGACGACAUAUUAGUCUACAGUGCCUCUUGGGAUGCACAUUUGGAGCAUCUUCGGCAGGUUUUCAGGGCCCUAGAAGCUCACUCACUCGUCGUGAACCCGAAGAAGUGUCUCCUUGCUCGUAGCCAGGUGGAGUACCUGGGGCACGUGGUGUCC